CUUUGCGGCUCAACGCUGGCAGAACUCAGAGCACACACCACGCAUUUUAGGCUCAUCCGUUCAUUGUGACCCGUCCUGUGAGUACAACUACCGAACUGUCAUCAUGGAUGCAUUUUGUGCCACCUGGAAGCUGAUUGACAGCCAGAACUUUGAUGAGUACAUGAAGGCGCUAGGUGUUCCUUUUGCUACGAGGCAAGUCGGCAAUGUAACCAAGCCGACCAUAGUCAUCAGUCAAGACGGAGACAAAAUCGUGGUGAAAACUCUCAGCACCUUCAAGAACACCGAGAUUUCAUUCAAACUCGGGGAAGAGAUUGAGGAGACCACUGCCGACGACAGGAAAGUAAAGUCUGUUCUAACCAUGGAUGGAGACAAACUGCUGCAUGUUCAGAAGUGGGAUGGCAAAGAGUCAAAAUUUGUCCGGGAGAUCAAGGACGGGAAAAUGGUCAUGCACCUGACCUUUGAGGGCAUUGAGGCCGUUCGCACAUACGAGAAGGCAUAAAGUCCAUCAAAUCCUGAGAAAUGUCAAUGCGACGUCCUGCUUAUUUGAGUGUUUGGGUUUGCUUACUCUUUUUCCUAUGCAUCUGAGUUUGGAAGUCCUGCAUUUUUUUUAUUGAAUGACAAUAUCAGUGAGUGUUUUUUGUGAAUGACAUAUUUUACAACAAAUGUUCCAGAAAUUGUUCAGAAGUUAUUCAAUAUCAAUUCAUAUUUGUAUGUCUGAAAAAUAAACAAUUCUGAUCACUUAGUA